CAACUAUGAAAACAAUUUGGAUUUGGGUUUCAACGUUUUGCAUCAUAUGUUGGCGCAUUAUAACAGGUUCCAGUGAGAUUUAUAAGUACCAUGGAAAUAUACACGCUGAUCUCGGUGAAAACACAUUUGCACCUACUAUCGGGGUUUGCGCAAUUUACUUUUUGAUGCAGAGAAACCAAAGUACAAAUACUUGUUUCCAUUACAAUUCGCUGAAUGAAUGCUAUUUUCUUGAUCCACCUGGAGGUCUAAUGAGAGCAGCAGAAAAUGCAGGAUAUGAUCUCUAUUGUACUCCAGAUAUAAACAUCGCCACAUACUUGUACCUGGGAUGUUAUAAAGAUAGUGGUGACAGAGAUCUACCUCACCAUGUAGGAACAACUGAUUUGACUCCUGAAGUAUGCAUUGAUACCUGUCGAAACUUAAACCAAGGCUACCUUUAUGCUGGAGUCCAGUCAACGACACAAUGCUUUUGUGGGACAAGUUAUGGGAAACAUGGAACCUCUACAGGGUGUAACAGACAAUGCCCAGGUGACAGCAGACAAAUAUGUGGAGGUACAUGGGCAAAUAACAUAUAUGCCAUCUGAAAUAACAGAAACCAUGGACUACGAACACGGGGCUUCUGUAGGAUCAAAAAAUAC